AUGUCAACUCCCUCUCUUUGGAAUCAAAGAAGCCUAGAUCGCGCAUACAAAGAGACGCCAUGUGGUAGCGACAGACAGAGAUCCAAGCCACCCACUACAAAUAUCGUUUUAGCACAGAUUCCAUUACCAAGGCCACAGCCUCAGAUUAGAGCAUUGCCUGCAGAAAAACCAGGAAACUUAACUUUCACACCCGAGAGUGAUUGCAUCGCUGCAUACUUUACCUACUUCCACCCACUUGUAUCCAUGCUCGACGAGAGUGGGUUUCGCGAUACCUAUGCUGCGGGCAUUCGAAAAGAUGAUGGAUGGCUUGCCCUGCUCAACAUUGUUUGUGCUCUCGGCGGUAUCGCUGCUACGGACACGCAAAACAAGUCUCAUUGUGUCUACUAUUCGCAAUGCCAACACCAUUUGGGACUGACUAGCCUCGGGUCCUCCCAUUUAGAGACAAUAAAAACCUUGGGUCUGAUGGGUGGUCUUUAUCUGCACUAUAUCAGCCAGUCGAAUCUUGCAUACUCGCUGAUGGGAGCGGCGCAACGCAUGGCUUUAGCAGAAGGAGACGUUAUCUGGACCAAGAAGCAAAAGCGACACGAAAAUUCGGCUUCAGAUCAGACGGCGGAUCUGGUGGUCUCUGUUCUGCAUGGACACGGGGGCAUGUGGGCCGCUGUACCGUCCAGGCACCGUCGGGAUAAACCUUCGAGCGCGACCAUCUAUAUGGUGUCGCUUGGCCACGAGAAUGUCCGCUUUUGCCAGAUCGCCACGAAGAUCCAAGAAGCCCUUGCCAUAACCUCAAUCAUACCUGCCACCGAACGCAAGAGCCUAGACCGGGAGCUCCAGGACUGGUUUGGGGAUCUCCCUCCCAUCCUUCAAGGUCAUCAGCCCUGCUCAGAAUCAAUCUAUAUCGCUCGCACCUUUACUCGACUAGCCAACCGUCGAAUUCCAUCCAUUGCUCUCCAAGAGGAUGAACGAUUUUCGAUCGAGCAAUGUCGAAUUCUUACAAAGGAGACCAAUCGGGAUUUCGCGGCCAUUUCACGGGUCAAUCAGGUCAUAGGGUGGAAUGGAGUGUGGCUUCUUUUUCAAGCUGUAAGCGUGCCGCUGCUUGGCUGUUUCCUCUCGGAUCAGAGCAUGGCUGAUCCACAAGCCGCUAUGGAAUCUUGA